UAUAACACUAGUUGCCCUAACAUAUAUGUAAGAUGGCUAGCGAAGAUACAACACUAGUACAUGCAACAAAAGAGCUUGAGAUGAGGGAUUCAGACAGACGAAGAAGACGAUGAAACUUUGAUAGUAAAGGAGACAGACAAGAUUACUGGCCUAGAUGAAGUAGUGCAGAAGUUAGGUUUAAUAGGUCGUUUGAUGGCUCGACGAAACCCUAAUGUGAAAUCGAUUAAGAUUGCGCUAUUUAAGGUUUGGAACCUAAAGAAUGACUUCAUGAUAACACCACUCGAAGAAAGCUUGUAUACGUUUCAAUUUUAUGACCCAGAUGACCGUAAUAGGGUGAGAUUUGGAUAUCCUUGGCACUUCGAUGGGGAAUUUCACAGAGGAUAACCUAAAUAAUAUUCACCCUAAGCCUGAGGACUUUUGUGAGAUGGAACUCUGGAUUCGAGUAAUUGAUAUGCCCUCGGCUUACAGAAACAAAGGUAUGGUAGAGAAGAUUGCAGGGAAGUAUGGGAGGUUUCUUUUGUUGGGUGAGUGGAAUUCUGGCAUCUGGAGUGUCUCAUGCGCAUAAGUGUAGCAAAAAAACAUAAACAAACCCCUUCAUAAGGGUACAAUGCUAGAGAUUGAAGGAAAAGAGAUAGAACACUUAAGAACUUUAAGAAACAACUGUCACGCGGUAGGGAUGUACUUAAAUACUUGAUAAAGCUACAUAUACUUCACCUCAUAUCCUUAGAAAGACUCAAUCUCGUGAGAGAAGAAUCUAUCGUGCUUACGAAGUACGUUUUGUACUUCAUCGCCAUGGUCAAAAGUCUAUAAGUGUGAUGAUUGACCUUGUAAGCUCCUUAUGAUCCACUACCUAAGAUCAAAAUUGGUGACGUAAACGCUUAACAUAGGAGCUCUAAAAGAUGUACAUAAUUUAUUUGUAUAUGGUCUAUAACAAUCUUCAUUAGCCCUGUUUGAGAUUUUUCAUGGCAGAAUUCCACAAUAUGGAAUCAUUUUUCUAAUAAUAUUUUUAUGAUCUUGUCAAAUGACUUCUAUUUUUUAUUUUUAUUAUGACUAGUUGUGAAGUACAUAUCAUUUAAGUUGGCUAGGUCAACUAAUUUGAUAAAAUAUCAUGAUUGACUCAGCCUAUGCCAAGAUAAUGAACAUAUAAAGAUUAAGGAAUCUUGAACGUAUAUAUAUGUAUAUUAUCAGAAAAACAAGUGCUUGUGAACCCAUAUCGUAACUGCGGUUCGAUCAGUAAAAACUCCUUAACGGAGCCUGAAUCGAUAGGUAGUUUUUAGCGGUUUGAAACGAUAUAUUAAACCGCGUCGCUAACUUUUCCAAUACGAUCUCAAGCAUUGUUUUACAACUUUUUGAAAAAAAAACGUCAAAUGAUGAUCAUUAAAUCAAGAAUGUAAAUGGAAAAGGGUUUAGAACAACCCUAAAAAAAAACCCCCCAAAUCUGGGUCAGUGCCCACUCCUUUCAAAAUUUACCUUAUAUUAUUCUAUCAACAUACACCACUGUGCUUUCCAAUCCAUCAUCCGAAUGUUCGAAUAUUUCAUCCAAUCCAAAAAAAACCCAUCCAUUUCUUCCCUAUAUAAAUCAUUUGGACCACAAUUUACAUAGAAUAUCCAUCCAAAACCAAACCAAACCAAGGUUUUAUGCCCUUGACUUGUUCCAUAAUCCAUAUUCAUCCAUGUAUUUGUACUUAACCACUUCCUUACACGCCCCCUCAAACGAAAGCCGACUCAUGAGCUUGAAGUUUGCACAGACCCGUCAUACCAUGUGCUUGAAAGACAACGGUUAAUAUUGGGAGGUCGUGAGGAUUUGAACACGUGAACUCAAGGACAAACCAGCUCUGAUAUCAUGUCAUAAACCAGUUGGUCCCAAUAACUCGAGUUGUUGAAAGAAAGUUAUGCUGGAUCUUAUACAGACCCAUGUAUGGUACUUAACCACUUCCUUACAUGUUAUUAUAAAAAACCCCAAAGUAUGCUGAUUGGAGAGACGACACACACGUGCAAACGAGAGACAAAGACUCUGCUUUCCCGCCUCCAAAAAGGUGCCCUCCGUCCUUGAAUUCAUGGCUGCGGCCGGCCAAGCAGAGCCGACCAGCAGACAAAACCCCAAAAAAAAAAACAGCUGGGAGCACAAAUGACUCAGAUGAAAAGGGGAGCAACGAGACAGGGAGCUGCAUGGCGUCGUACUUGGUUUCCAAACUAUGGCACGACAAAACCUGGGCUACUGUGGACUUGUAGGUCCUAAAUUCUCCAUGGUUUGCCACAUGGCGCUCUCUUGAUUAUGGAAGAUUGAAUCCAUCCAGCAAUAAGAAAACAUUGAUCGG